AUGGUGUCGAAAGGAUUUUGGAAGAGGCGCUCCUUGCGGGUGCCCGACGACCAGCGGACAAAAGCGGCGGAGCUGACCCUGCGAGAGUCGAUAUACCCCAUCGGCCUGGUCACCAUCCUCUUCUUCCUGUGGGGGUUCAGUUACGGCCUGCUCGACACCCUCAACAAACACUUUCAGGAGACGCUCGACAUUGACAAGACGCGAUCAUCCGGGCUGCAAGCAGCGUACUUUGGCGCAUACCCUCUCGCUUCACUCGGCCACGCAGCAUGGAUCCUCCGGCAUUUUGGCUACCGCGCCGUCUUCAUCUGGGGCCUGUUCCUGUACGGCCUCGGGGCGCUGCUCGCCAUCCCCGCCAUCAUCAAUAAAUCGUUUGCCGGCUUCUGCGUCUGCAUCUUCAUCAUCGGCAACGGGCUGGGCUCGCUCGAGACAGCAGCCAACCCCUACAUCACCGUCUGCGGCCCCCCCAAAUUCUCCGAAAUCCGCAUCAACAUCGCCCAAGCCUUCAACGGCAUCGGCACGGUCGUCGCCCCCGUCCUCGGCUCCUACGUCUUCUUCAACUUUGACGACGAAGUCGCCCUGCGCAACGUGCAAUGGGUCUACCUCGCCAUCGCGUGCUUCGUGUACCUCCUCGCCACCGUCUUCUUCUUCUCCACCAUCCCCGAGAUCACCGACGCCGACAUGGCCUUCCAGGCCGCCGAGACCCACGCCGGCGCCCAGGACAAGCCCUUCCGCAAACAGUACCGCCUGUUCCAUGCCGCGUUUGCGCAGUUUUGCUAUACCGGCGCGCAGGUGGCCAUCGCGGGGUAUUUUAUUAAUUACGCGACGGAGACGAGGCCCGAUACGGACUCGGCGUUGGCGUCCAAGUUUUUAGCGGGCUCGCAGGCGGGGUUUGCGGUGGGGAGGUUUGGGGGUGCUGCGCUGAUGCAUUUUGUGAAACCGCGGAAGGUGUUUUUGGUGUUUAUGGCCAUGUGUGUGGUGUUCGCGGCGCCGGCGAUUACGCAGCGCGGGAAUACGGGUAUGAGCAUGUUGUUUGUGGUGAUGCUGUUCGAGUCGAUUUGCUUUCCGACUAUUGUGGCGUUGGGCAUGCGCGGGCUGGGGAGGCAUACCAAGCGCGGGUCGGGUUGGAUCGUCGGGGGUGUGCUGGGCGGUGCGUGCGUGCCGCCGCUGAUGGGCGUGGCCGCCGAUCGGCACGGGACGGGGCUCGCGAUGGUGGUGCCGACUAUGUUCUUUGUGGCGGCGGGGACGUAUGCCGUGGCGGUCAACUUUGUGCCGGCGUAUCGGGAUACCGUCGAUGCGUUCUCGACUACGGAGGUUGGGUUGCACGAGCGGGGGGAGGAUGGCGUGGUGGGUGAGGGGAGCGGAGGGGAUACCAAGGCGGCCAGCGGGGAGAACCCCGAUGUGGCCAACGUGGAGAAGGUUUGA